UAAAAAGCUAAGUGGCAUUUCAGUAGCUAUGUGCGAAGAUUAGGGGCCUUUCAACAAACUAGCUCUCUUUUCCUACUGCGAUCUCCGAGAAAACAAUUCGCAGCACCAUACUCUUAGAUACACAGAGAGAGAGAGAGCGAGAGAGAGAUGUGGCGGUGCGUUUCUCGUGGUCUUCGGCGAUCGAUCUCCGGCGAAUCCCUGAAACCCUACAUUGAACGAUCCUUCUCCACUGAAUCACAGACUGGAGGACGAUCCUCAUAUACUGUGGUUGAUCAUACCUAUGAUGCGGUUGUUGUAGGCGCUGGAGGUGCCGGGCUCAGAGCAGCCAUAGGACUUUCUGAGCAUGGAUUCAAUACUGCUUGCAUUACCAAGCUAUUCCCUACUCGAUCACACACUGUUGCGGCACAGGGUGGUAUAAAUGCUGCAUUAGGGAAUAUGAGCGAAGAUGACUGGAGGUGGCACAUGUAUGACACUGUAAAGGGCAGCGACUGGCUAGGUGACCAGGAUGCUAUUCAAUACAUGUGUAGAGAGGCACCCAAAGCAGUUAUAGAGCUUGAGAACUAUGGGUUACCAUUUUCCCGAACUGAAGAUGGCAAAAUAUAUCAAAGGGCAUUUGGUGGUCAAAGUUUGAACUUUGGGAAAGGUGGACAAGCAUAUCGUUGUGCCUGUGCUGCUGAUCGAACAGGGCAUGCUCUGUUGCAUACUCUUUAUGGCCAAGCUAUGAAACACAAUACCCAAUUUUUUGUCGAAUAUUUUGCUCUAGAUCUAUUAAUGGGUAGUGAUGGUAGCUGCCAAGGAGUAAUUGCGUUAAAUAUGGAGGAUGGGACUUUGCAUCGGAUCCGCGCUGCAUCAACAAUUCUAGCCACAGGGGGCUAUGGUAGGACAUACUUUUCUGCAACCUCAGCUCAUACAUGCACUGGCGAUGGGAAUGCCAUGGUUGCACGUGCUGGGCUCCCUCUUCAGGAUCUUGAGUUUGUGCAAUUCCACCCAACAGGCAUAUAUGGUGCUGGGUGCCUCAUCACUGAAGGAUCUCGUGGUGAAGGUGGUAUUAUGAGGAACAGUGAAGGUGAGCGAUUUAUGGAACGGUAUGCCCCUACUGCCAAGGAUCUUGCAUCUAGAGAUGUUGUUUGCAGAUCUAUGACUAUGGAAAUCCGUGAAGGUCGUGGUGUAGGACCCCAUAAGGACCACAUUUAUCUCCACUUAAAUCACUUACCUCCAGAAGUCCUCAAGGAGAGACUUCCUGGUAUCUCUGAAACUGCUGCCAUUUUUGCUGGUGUGGAUGUUACAAAAGAACCAAUCCCUGUUUUGCCUACUGUUCAUUAUAAUAUGGGUGGAAUUCCCACAAAUUACCAUGGAGAGGUAGUGACCAUUAAAGGUGAUGAUCCAGAUGCAGUGAUUCCUGGACUAAUGGCUGCUGGGGAGGCAUCCUGUGCAUCAGUUCAUGGUGCCAAUCGGCUUGGUGCAAAUUCUCUUCUUGAUAUUGUUGUUUUUGGCCGAGCUUGCUCAAAUAGGGUUGCAGAGAUUCAUCGACCUGGGGAGAAACAAAAAUCUUUGGAAAAGGAUGCUGGUGAAAAGACUAUUGCUUGGUUGGACAAGCUAAGGAAUUCAAAUGGUUCAAUUCCAACUUCAAAAAUCCGAUUGAAUAUGCAACGAGUUAUGCAAAAUAAUGCUGCUGUGUUCCGGACACAAGAAACAUUGGAGGAAGGUUGUCAGUUAAUUGAUAAGGCGUGGGAAAGCUUUCAUGAUGUUCAGUUGAAGGAUCGGAGCUUGAUAUGGAACUCGGACCUCAUAGAGACGAUAGAGUUGGAAAACCUUUUGAUCAAUGCAUGUGUUACCAUGCAUUCUGCUGAAGCUAGGAAAGAAAGCAGAGGAGCGCAUGCCCGCGAAGAUUUUACUAAAAGAGAUGAUGAGAAGUGGAUGAAACACACACUGGGAUACUGGGAGAAUGAGAAAGUUCGGCUAGACUAUAGGCCGGUUCACAUGAACACAUUAGAUGACGAAGUGGAGUCAUUCCCACCCAAAGCUCGUGUGUAUUAAUAUAUCUGCACACAAGAAAAUGGUUAGUGAAGUUAUGCAGAUGAUUUGUUUGAAGCUAAGCUUACAAUAAAUUUCUUGAAACAUGGAAUUUGGUGAUUUGUUGCGUUCAUCAACGAAUCAGGUGUUCAUAAUAUCUUGAAUUGUAAACUAGAUUAUUUAUCUGCAUCAGUGAUUAAAAAUACCUUCCUGCUACUGUCUAUUUUUGCACAUAAUUUUAUGUUCUGGGUAUAUUAUGGAGCAUUUUACUA